GGAAAAUAGUUCUUGUAUCCAACAGCAUCCCUUGAAAAAUAAACAUAAAAAGAAAUUAAAUAAAAUUAAAGAGUUCUCUUUUUCUUGGGCAGGAAGACGAGUAAAUAAAAACAUUUAAAGGUGCGGAGAUUAGGAAUUUUUUGCUAUUCGCCUCAGAGAAGAAGCAAUGGCUACCACCGAGAGCGACGACGCCAUCCGCCGCAAAUCGGCCAUCGCAGAUUACCGGAAAAAGCUUCUCAACCAUAAGGAACUCGAGGGCCGCGUUCGAUCUGUAAGGGAGAAUUUGAGAGCUAUAAAGAAGGAGUAUGCUAAAACAGAAGAUGAUCUGAAGUCCCUUCAAAGUGUUGGACAGAUUAUAGGUGAAGUGCUGAGACCGCUGGACAAUGAACGCUUGAUAGUCAAAGCAAGCAGUGGCCCUAGAUAUGUGGUAGGUUGCCGCAGUAAGGUGGACAAGGAUAAACUUACAGCAGGCACUAGGGUGGUUCUUGACAUGACAACUCUCACAAUUAUGCGAGCUCUACCUCGUGAGGUAGAUCCAGUUGUCUAUAAUAUGCUUCAUGAAGAUCCAGGAAAUGUUAGUUAUUCUGCUGUUGGUGGUUUGUCGGAUCAAAUCCGAGAACUGAGAGAAUCUAUAGAAUUACCUCUAAUGAAUCCUGAACUCUUCGUCAGAGUUGGUAUUAAACCACCCAAGGGUGUUCUUCUCUAUGGUCCUCCUGGAACUGGCAAGACAUUGUUGGCCAGAGCUAUUGCCAGUAACAUAGAUGCCAAUUUCUUGAAGGUUGUAUCAAGUGCAAUUAUUGAUAAAUAUAUAGGUGAGAGUGCAAGGUUGAUCAGGGAAAUGUUUGGUUAUGCUCGUGAUCACCAACCUUGCAUCAUAUUUAUGGAUGAGAUUGAUGCCAUUGGUGGGCGUCGUUUUAGUGAAGGAACAAGUGCUGAUCGUGAAAUUCAAAGGACUCUGAUGGAGUUACUAAACCAGCUUGAUGGGUUUGACCAGCUCGGAAAGGUUAAAAUGAUAAUGGCAACAAAUAGGCCUGAUGUUCUGGACCCUGCACUUCUUCGUCCUGGAAGAUUAGAUAGGAAAAUAGAAAUCCCAUUGCCAAAUGAGCAGUCACGAAUGGAAAUUCUCAAAAUUCAUGCUUCUGGAAUAGCCAAACAUGGAGAAAUUGAUUAUGAAGCUGUCGUCAAACUUGCUGAGGGUUUCAAUGGGGCUGAUCUUCGGAAUAUUUGUACGGAAGCUGGUAUGUCAGCAAUUCGUGCAGAGCGUGAUUACGUCAUCCAUGAAGACUUCAUGAAGGCUGUGAGAAAACUAAACGAAGCUAAGAAGCUAGAAUCAAGCGCGCACUACAAUACUGAUUUCGGGAAGGACUAGAAGUCGUGUCUUCCGUUUGGACCAAUGCAGAUAGUGGCUGGUGCUGCUGGCUUAUUCUCCUUUUGUUCUGGAAGAUCUGUUGUUGAGGCUGUACCUUUCAAAUCGUAAUUUAUUCUUCAGUGUCAAGCCUGCUUGUAUCUUUGUAUUGUGUUUUAACUUCGCAGCAAUCAAAUUUCAAAUUUCGCAACC